CACCAAUUUAUAAUAUUUUCACACAUCCCAUGCUUUUUAGGCCUUCACCCUUUUUAUGCUUCUUUUCAUUCAAUCAUGUACCUUAACACCUCCCCCUUAGACAGCACUAUUCAUUAUUUAUGUCGAGAGAGCCAUCCAUGAUCUGUCAGAAUCUUGUUUCUAAUAUAAGCUCCCUUUGAGCAAACGUUUCAUCACCUUCAAACCUUGUCCUAGAAAAAGGGGUUCUUUAAUUUUCCCUCUUCAUUUAAUUUGUUCAUAUUUUUACCUAAGGUUUUUGGUGACCAAAAUGGGAAGGCAGCCUUGUUGUGACAAGAUUGGACUCAAGAGAGGUCCAUGGACGAUUGAGGAAGACCACAAACUCAUGAUUUUCAUUCUCAACAAUGGCAUUCAAUGCUGGAGAAUGGUCCCCAAGCUUGCAGGUUUAUUGAGAUGUGGGAAGAGCUGCAGAUUGAGAUGGAUUAACUAUUUGAGGCCUGAUUUGAAAAGAGGGGCAUUUUCUGAAAUUGAAGAGAAUCAGAUUAUAGAGCUACAUGCCCGCCUUGGCAACAGGUGGUCGAAAAUAGCCUCACAUUUUCCAGGGAGAACGGACAACGAGAUCAAAAAUCAUUGGAACACGAAGAUCAAAAAGAAGCUAAGGCUCCUUGGAAUCAAUCCUGUGACACACCAACCAGUCGACAAGAAACAAGAAAUUGUAGAACAAAAUGAGCAAGAAAAGGUUGAUGGGUUGGAAGAAUCAAAAGGUGAUGAUAGAAAUGAUGUAGUGGAGAGUUGCCAAAGUGAAACUAGUAGUGAUCAUUUGAUGAACAACUAUGAGAUUAUGAGCACAAUUACAAAUAUGGAUAUGGACACUUUCUCACUCCAAGCUUCAUUUAAACUCAUGGACUAUUCCACCCAUGUUGAAGAAUGGGUUGAUGAGGGUGUAGAUUCAAUGAUAUUUUGGGAUGGGAUCGAUCAACAACUCUUUUAAUAUUUAAGAAGUUCAUUGUAAUUAGUAGAGCUUCCCAUCAACAUCUUAUUCUAGUUUAAGAUCUCGUCGUGCAUGACUUAUUUUGUGUCAUUUCUAAAUUUGCGACUAUUUCACAUAUUGUUACCAAGCUUAAUUUCUCGUCAUUUUCAAAAAGA